AUGCCUGAGGAAGACGAGACGGAGGCUGCCAGCAUUGUUCAAUUUCUGAAAACGAGACAUUACAAUGUUCUCGUAGUAGUGGGUGAUGAAGACGACAAGUGCGCAUACCCAUCAGAUGUCCCCUUAUGGCGUUGGAAAUCCCUAUUAGAAGGAGGAGGCCCUGUAAGCUCUGUCACAAGAAGUGAAGAGGAGGAUGAUGGUUCUGAUACUAGCGACGACGGCAAGGGAACGUCGCCGCGCAAACGUUACAGGAUACUUGAUUAUCUUUCUCGCAAUUAUGGUGGUGGUGAGGUUGUUGGACAUGAACCAAUUGGUAGUGACUAA